AUGUCGAUACAAGUAGCGACCGCCGAGGGUGCUGAUCUCCUCUGGGGGAAUCAAAAGUGGGUUUCCACGAAUCCAAGUCGUGCUUCUAGCCAUAGUACUGAUGAUCAAGAGAAAUUAUCCCAGAAAACUACUACCCCGAUUCUGCCAAUGCCCAACACAGAAACCAAAAAAGGUACCGCCGCCACCAUCGGCAAGAAGCGAGAGAGGGGAGAGGCGAAGAAAACCGGCAAAGGAAAGGGACCCAAAGGCAAAGAAGGAAAACCCAUAUGCGAAUCAGACCAUGGGGUGCACAUUUGGACAGAGCGGGAGAGGAGGAAGAAGAUGAGGAACAUGUUCGCCAACCUUCAUUCCUUGCUCCCUCAACUUCCCCCUAAGUUCAACAUCUGCUCCCCGCCGCCGCCAGCCGCCAGCGGCACCAUCUUCACCGCCGCCUGCUAUGUGCUGGAGAAGCAUGGCAUCGAGGUUCUCUCGGCUCAUGUCUCUUCCAAUUCUGAUCGGCGGCUGCUCAUGAUUCAAGCGCGUCAUAAUCGUUCUGAGAAUAAUGGAGGUGGCCGUGACCAUGUUUUGGGAGCAGAUGAUCGGGAAAAUGUUGUUGCAGAGAUAUUCAAACAGGCAGCAGCUGAGAUGCUUUCUUACCUCUGUUCUUCACCCAAUUAG